CCUCUCGCUGGCCCCAGCGUGUGCCCAGACGCGCACACCCGCGCGCACCACCUCACACGGCUCGUGUGUCUCUUGCAGGGGCGCCUUCAAGUCCAAGCACGACCAUGAGGAGGUCAACACGAGCUAUCUGGCGACAAUGGAGAUUGACGCCGAUGGGCUGAAUCUGAUCAAGGCUGUGGCCGCCGAGGCUGCCCGCGAAUCGGUGCCUGUGGCUGCUGAGGUCCCUGAUGCCGAGGACAACGCGCCGCCUCCAGCUCCAGUGGGGGAUGGCGAGGCCGACGAGCGGAGCGCGGCGGCGAGCACCCCCGAGGAUCUCGCCGCCUUGCUGAUGCAGGUUGGGCUGAGCACCCGGAAGAAGAGCCCGUAUCUUCAGGGCCUGAUCGAUGCGGUCCGCUCAAAGGCCGACGCUGCAGUGUCCAAGGAUGGCAGCCUCAAGCCCUCGACCGAGGCAGCAGACGACAUCCGGAUAAUGCGCUUCUUGGGCGCAAACAAGUGGGACGCCGCCGCCGCCGCCGAGGAGUACGUCAGCUCGCUAAAGAGCCGCAAGGCGAAGGGACUCGACGCCCUCCGCGACGAGAUCGUCGCCAAAAAUCCCGGCUUCUUCGGCGGCAAGGAGGAGCUCGACUGCAUCUACGUGCACGGGACGAGCAAAGCUCUGCAGGAGGUCAACCCCCGCACCUUCACCGACGUGCGCACCGAGGGCCCGUACCGGCUGCUGCGAGACAAGCGAGGCAACCUCGUCGUGAUUGAGUGCGUGGGCGUGGUCGACUAUGCCGCCAUCGCCGCUGUCGGCUUCGAGCCGUGGACGAAGGAGUUCUUCACCUUCAACGAGCUGCGCGUGCUGGUGCUCGACGAGCUCUCGCGGCGAUGCGGGAAGCUGCUGCUAACAAACACCGUCAUGGACAUGUCGCACAUCAACAUGAUGCCCAAUCCCUUCGCGCCAAAGGUCGAGAAGGACGGGAAGGCCGCCGCCAAGGCGUCGUCGGAGGUGACCAAGGAGGUGUACCCGACGACAACCUUCCGAAACUACAUGGUCAACCUCUCCGAGUCGACCGCCAAGGCGGCGGGGCCGCUGAUAAAGGCGCUGGUGCCCAAGCGCUCGGCGGAUAAGCUCAAGAUAUUUGGCCCCGACUUCCAGUCGGCGCUCCACGAAGACGUUGACUGCGCAAACCUGCCUCAGCGGUAUGGAGGGGAGCUCCCGGACGGCAUCCAGUUCAAACUGAUCGACGCCAAGGGAAAGAAGAAGUGAGCGCGUCGCGCCGAGCGUGCGUGGACCAGUCACCCCCCUCAGUCCUCUGAAAUGUGAUCCCAUUCGGCUCGAUGGGCGCCUCGGGAACCCGGACGGCAGAGCCGGCAGCUUUUUGGAGCUAUCCUCUCUGCGAGAGAGUGUCCGAUGCGCUGGACGGACACACGCUAGUCUGUGGGGGCGGGGAAGAGGGCUCGAGCGGACCCCCGGGGUUGGCGGUCCGACGGCAGAGGUAGGCGUCGGGCGGCCUGUGUGUGUGCCGCGAGGGGGGCGACGGAGAUUUCCGAGAUAUCCACACACCUAGAGACGACCACCGCGUCGGCACGUCGGCGCAGCCACGUGCGACGUGGCGCUCUUUGUCACUCUGUGAUCUGCCUCCGAGGGGUCUCGCUGUUGAUUUCAUGAUUUCAUACGGAUAAAAA